AUAAAAACAUAUGUAAAAUAGUUAUAUUCAAGUAAUUAAUGUGCGUACAAAAUGGACGCCAAAUUUUACGCUCUUUGUUGCCUUGUGUUCGUUGGAGAUGCAUCCGGCUCGUGUGGGUCAUUGACACUUAUGAAGCCUACUUUUGUGGACAGAAACAUCACCUUGAAAUUUGUCCCUCGUCAUCAAUGGAUCUUAAACAUUGUCUGGAAGUAUACUAAUGAGUGGGACGUAACAAGUGAACACACAGUAAAAGGCAUCGAGGAACAUUUUCUACAAAAUCUUGGCAAUGGGCCAAACUAUCAAACUAUGAUGUUCUUUGCGGAUAAAUCUCGCAAUAAUUCAAAAUUGCAUGUUAAAUGUAGCGAUAAAAACGGCAAAUCUUCAACAAACACUGUGAAGCUAUACUUACAUGAAAUCAGGCCCGAGUGUGGCAAUCUGGUGCUACUUUCCCCGGAACUAAAAUAUGGAACAAAUGUUGAAAUAGCUUAUUACCCUUCUGACUUUAUAUUGGCCAAAGAGAACCCUUCGAACAAUGAACGUACAUGGUUGAAAUGGCCUGCACAGCCCAUAAGCAGCUUAUUGGACCCAUACGGGAUGGUUGUGUUUACGGCAAUGCAGACACUACCAUUUAUUGCAACACAAGUCGUACGAGAGGAAAACCUCGUGUGA